AUGAGGCUUCGCUUGACGGUGCAGCGGAACGGCUUGCCUGCUGCCAACAUACUCUGGAGCGUACCCGAUACCAACGGCACGCAGGCGUACACGAUUACGCGUUUGCUCGAAGAUGUCAACCAUAUCAUCCCGCUAGAGGCAGAGCAUUGGGGGCUGGAGCACUAUGUCGUCGAGGUCGCCGGCUUCGAGUGUCUGCAUUUUAUGCCUGUUGCCAAUGCGCUCAAGGAGGAUGACCAUGUUUGCAUCCGACCGCUCAUGACAGCCGAAGUACGCGCGCGCACCCUUACUGGCCGUGACCAGAUAUCAGAUGGAGGUCAGCACCUCGUCGACGGUAUUCCAUUCGGUCGACCCUAUCUACGACAGUCAAACCGACCGCCCGUUCGCAUACCUCCGCGCAAGCGACGCCGACUGGACGAUGGAGAAGCCGAGCCAGAAGCCGAGCCAGAAGCCAUGGCCUUGCUUACAGAACAUGGCGAUAAUAAUGGAGAAGAAGAGGGGCCUCAUCCGGUCUUGGACGGUCAUGCAGUGUCUAGGAAUAAAGCGAAUGGGUCUUCGAGGCCAGUUAAGACAGUGCAGUUUCAACAGCCCGAGGUUGAGGCCUCCGACGAUAGCGAGGAAAACGACGACGAUUUUGCGCCGGACGACGUCGAGGAUUCAAACUCAGAUUCAGAUUCAGAUUCAGAUUCCGACUCGGAUUCGGCCGUGAAGCCGGUCGCCUCGUCCAGCGCUUCAGACACGUCGGAUUCAGAUUCAGACUCAGAUUCAGACACAACUAGCGACUCCGACUCCGACUCCGACUCGGAUUCGGCCGUGAAGCCGGUCGCCUCGUCCAGCGCUUCAGACACGUCGGAUUCAGAUUCAGACUCAGAUUCAGACACAACUAGCGACUCCGACUCCGACUCUAGCGAUGCGAGCGCUCCCCCCGACGUUCUAUCCUCCAAGGAUGGUCGCAAGACCACAGCAAUAACCACAUAUUCUGCAACGCAUGUUCCGCCAGGUCAAGGUCUCAAGGCUACAAAAGUGCGGAAUUCUCGGCGCACAAGAGUAAAUCGCCUUCGGCAUCUCAAGGCGUCUGACGUGCUCCCUGAGAAUGCCGAUCUGAGUGACCUAAAAGCUUACGAAGAAGCAAGGACAGGCCAAUCGGAAGAAGGCUUCGCACAUGCGCAAGCUUUCGCCAAGUCUCAGGGGAAGAGGAAACGUCUAGAUGAAGACGCUCCAGCUAAAGUGGUUUCGGAAGAGGCCGCCGAACUUGAGCAAAGAAAACAAGAGUUGAUGGCAAAGUUCGGAGACAUCCCGAGUUCAACAGAGCCAUUAAGCGAGUCGGCACCACCUUCCUCUUCAGACGCUCAGAUUUCAGACCCAUUGCCGCCAGCGAUACCAGAAGAUGGACAGCCGCCGAAGAAACAAACGGCCUCGAGAAGGCUGAGGCCAGAUACUAGUGCGAUUGGUCGGAUACUUGCUCGACAAGCACCACCAGUUGCUAGAAAAGGGAGGACCAAAAAAGUGCCUGAAGAACCCCCAGAGCCUGAAGGCGCAUCCGAUCCCGAUUUCUGGAAGUCGCGAAUCAACGUUUCUGCGUUCGAGUGUUGGGACGAAGAUUUUGAACUCAGUGCUCCGCCUUUUCCGUUUCAGCAACAUUGGGACCCGGCGAGUAAGCUCAUGCGUGAAAAGGCGGCCAAGAAGAAGCAGAAAAAACGCGGCCAAGCACAACAGCAGAAUGCUGCGGGAGAGGAUGAGGAAGAAAAGAUCAUCCUAGACUACGACGAGGCUCCUGCAACCAGCAACGACUCUGAGAUGAUUGAUGCAGCGGUUGAAAAUCAGCUUUGUCAGGACCUUGUGACAGCUGCACAUAUGGACCUGCCACCUCUACCGGAGGACAUGAGCACGCUGCCCAAUCUCACAGCUUUUGACAUGAAGAAAGGUGCCAUUAUUGCUUGCAAGUUUUUCACGGUAAACCCCAUCACGGUUACACCCGAGAUAAGCGGCUACAAAACGGCCACGGUUGAGCACGAAGGCGAUUCGGGUCCCGGCGCAGGGACCAUCCAACUGAAGAUAGCAGCGCGUGACUUGGUAAGGAAAGAGAAGAAGUUCGACAGCAAAGGCAACCGGAUCUACGAUGCUGCCGAUGCACUUCUGAUGGAGCAAGAAGACGAUGCAGAGGAGGGCCUCUGGGAGGGACAGUUUGGCGAACUUUUGGAAGCAAAGCUGGUGAAGGCUGUAUAG